AUGCCCUUGACUGAAACACUACAACAAAUUCCUGCCUAUGCAAAGUACAUGAAGCAAAUCCUCAACAAGAAGAAAAAAUAUUUAGAUGAGGAAACAAUUGAAGUGCAGGAAAAUUGCAGUGCCAUCAUGCAAAAGACUCUCCCUCCAAAAUUUAAAGAUCCGGGGAGUUUCACCAGUCCAUGCACCAUUGGAAACCAUGAUAUAGGGAAAAAUCUUAUUGAUUUGGGGGCUAGCAUCAACCUAAUGCCCCUAUCUAUACUUAACAAGAUUGAUGGUCUUGAAGCCAAGCCAACAAGAAUGAUGCUUCAGUUGGCCGAUAGGUCCAUCAAAUAUCCCUAUGGUGUGAUAGAAGAUGUGGUGGUAAAAGUUGAUAAGCUUCAAUUCCCGAUGGAGUUUGUUGUGAUGGAAAUGGAGGAAGGAUCUGAGAUACCACUCAUCCUUGGAAGACCUUUCAUGAAGACAGCUAAGGUUGUUAUUCAUAUGGAAGAGGGAAUACUGAAAUUAAAAGACCAAGAUAGAGAGGUAACCUUCAAUGUCUUCACAACUAUGCAGCCAAGUCAAGAGGAAUAG